AUGACGACGGGGAGCAGAUGGGCCGAGGAGGUCGAGAAAGCUGACACAGACUUCAAAAAACUGUUUUUCAUCCUACAAGGAAGCAAAAGUUUCUUCGAGAUAAAAUUCGAUAGCGACGGGGUCUGCGUUUGCUGCGAGCUGCAACACCAGACCUCGGGCUGCAGCAACCUCGGCGAGACGCUGAAACUGAACCCACUCCAAGACUGCGACGUGGUCAGGCUCACGCUCAAGGACCUGUUGUUUACCGUCUGCGCCCUCAAUAUCGUCUCCACGAUUGUCUGCGCUCUGGCCACGGCGAUGUGCUGCAUGCAGAUGGUCUCCUCUGACAUUCUGCAUAUGUUCCUGCCGCACCGACUGCACUCCACGCAGACGGACUGUCUGACCUCCCACGGAACGAUCCUGCACCAAACUCUGGAUUUUGAUGAGUUCAUUCCUCCGAUCCCGCCACCCCCCUACUACCCACCUGAGUACACCUGCACUCCCGUGAUAGAAGCACAAAGAGGCCUCCACUUGGACUUCCCUCACUCCCCCUUUAGCACUUUGUACGAGGUUGCGAUUAACAGCCCCGGGAUGGUUUACCCAGCGGAGCUGCCCCCUCCGUAUGAAGCCGUGAUUGGACAAGCCCCCACUCACCAGGUCACAAACGUGGACCAGCAAGUUGCAGAGUCUGGCCUGGGCGAGAGGAAUACCCCAGCAAACCUUGGCACCCAAGCAUCCGUGGACAGCAUGUCCCAGGUGGUCUCCGAAGCCGAGGACGUGCCGGAUCACAGCUUCUCCUCAGAGAAUCUUUCUUCGCGGGAGGUCCAGGAGUCUGUGCUUUCCGGGGACUUAUCUUCCUACUGCGUGACCCGCAAGGGAGCCACACACCGGAGCUGCUCCAGUUUGGACCACAGCUUCUGGUGUGGAUUGCACAGGACUAAUUUACAGGGUUCGCCGGACAAGGACGUCGGCGUCCGUGGCCGAACCUCUCCGGACAGGCCUCGCGGGCAGGGACACGAGAACUGCCCCCGUAGCCGCUCCACGGACUGCUCCUCGGAGAAUUUCGGCACCUCCGAGAGAGACCGCCGCGGCUCGGCUCAGGAGUGCAAAGCCAGCCCUCCGCUCAAGCCGAGGAAAAUGUGCUGCGGCGUCUUCAGCCAGCCGGCAGCGUCACAGACUUAUCGCCCCCGCUGUUCAGUGCCUGCACACACUUUGCCCCACGGCUGCCCAGACAGAACGGCCCAACAGGGCAGCAGGAAAGGGAGGGUUUCAAACAUCGUCCGCUCUACUAGUGACCCUCUGUCGUGUUCAUCGACCUUAGAAGUUUCUAGUCCUCACGUGGCUGCCUCUGCUUGCCAGGACCCUGCAAACCGUUUCCUGCCCGCCGGGAAGUCCAAGGACCCGAGGAAAUCCAACCUUUCCCAAAAGCCAAAGGCCUUAGAGACCCUCUGCAAAGAGCGGCCGCACUCCUUAGUCGACCUGCAGACCUACAAAGACACUAAGGUGCUGGUGGCCAAAUUUUUGGAACAUUCGAACUGUCACCUCCCACCAGAGGUGCGCCAUGUGGUCAACAGCAUCCGGUCGGUCAUCAAGUCUGACGAACGACACAUGGAAGAAGCCAUCUUUAGCGCAAACAUCAUCGACCAGGUGAUUACGAGCUCCCAACAGGAUGUGGAUACCUCACGCAAGCGGCCGCAGGAAGACCUUCACCUCCAGAGUUGUGGGGCGCUGAGCUCCCCCGUUGCCUUCCUCCGUCGAGCCCACAUCCGACACAGUUUAGAGCGGGGCAGGCCACACAGUUUAAUCGGCGUUUGCCGAGAAACUAUCCUUUGACAGUGACCCUGCGCCCCCACCCCAGCCCACUAAGGAAUACAAACUCUAGCAAAGGCAUCGGACUCGCGGAUAAUUGCCGAGAAACCGAUUACUCCCAAACAGGCAAGUUUGACGUCCGAACACAUUUUCCUUAAUGCGAUUCAGUUUCGGAUCUUCCUUUUCAGAGGCUGAACGCAUUCCUCGUUUCAUGAAUGCAACAUCAACUAAUGCGCCCUCCCCUUUAUUGGCCAAGAAGAGCAGUUUAUUAUUUAAACCUGGUGAGAAAUAUAUUUGGUCCCCCCAACCGAAGAGAUUGCUUCUGAAAGGUCUUGGAUGGAUGCCGUUUUGGAGAGUAGGUCAACACGUUGCCAAGAGACGCCGAACUUUUGGUACAACUUCACGGUUGUAUUUGAUUUGCUGUACCUCAAAAAAAGUGUUUUCACUGAUGACGAACAGUGUUUUCGUAAUAAUAAAUUUUUAAAAACGG